CCAACCCUUGAACUCGACUCCCCGCAGCGUGAUUGGGUCCUGCGUGAUCUGGCAGCAAUGGCUAGAUGAUAUAACUGGUGCUUCUGGGUCUCCCCAGCCAACCAUGAUGAAUUGCUACCUACAGUAUACAUCAGGAAUGUCUGCAGGUUUUCAGCUUGAAAGGAAAUGAAUCCUUGCUAAGAAUAUAGAUUUGAAGUCCCUAAUGAUGGUCUCCAAUGGAAAGAUGCUGACCCUGAAUAAGAUGAUGACUCUAAGUUCCCAAAUCCUGGCUGUAUAUGAACAAGAUAGAUUACUGAGAGCAGAUGCCUCAAAGGACAGAGUAACCAUUCUAGGAAAAGAGAAAUUUAACCAUGAGGCUUCUCGCCAGAACUUCAGAUGUUUUCCAUAUCCAGAGAAAGCUGGACCCCGGGAGGCUGUGAACCAGCUCUGGGAACUCUGCCUUCAGUGGCUGAGGCCAGAGAUUCACACAAAGGAGCAGAUCCUGGAGCUGCUGGUGCCGGAGCAAUUCCUGACCAUCUUGCCCAGUGAGAUCAGGAUUUGGGUGAAGACACAGCAUCCAGAGAACAUUGAGGAGGUGGUCGCUAUGGUGGAGGAUUUGACCCAGAUGCUUGAGGAAAAAGCUCUCUGUUCUCAGGAUUCUGUCCUUUCCCAAGAGGGAGACAGAGACAGAGAAAGAGAAGGAAUGCUGACUGUGAUCCCAAUAACCAGAUGUCAGAAAUCAAUGACAUUUAAGGAUGUGGCUCCAGAUUUUACCUGGGAAGAGCGGACACAAUUGAACCCUGUUGAGCAGGCCCUCUGCAGAGAAGUGCUACUGGAAACUUAUAGGAACCUAGUUUUUCUUGGUCUUUCAACAACCUCCAAACCAGAUGUUAUCUCUCAGUUGGAAGAUGGAAAAGUUCCAGGGAUGCUGGGUAGUGAAACUCCAAAAGGCACCAGUUCAUAUUGGGAUACUGUGCCCAAAGCCAAAGAUUCAGUUAUAAAAUGGGACACUUUUGCGAAAGAAUCAUCUCAGAGGGUGAUAAUGAAAAGAUCCACAAGGCAUUGCUCUUGGCAACUGGGAGAAUCUUUUAUAUGUUAUGAUACAUUAGUAAGGCAACAGAUCCACCAGGAGAAACUGGUAAAGCAAUCAACAGUCACAUCUGAACAAAUAUCAAGUAAGGGGAGAAUCUUUGAAAGAAAUGAAUUUGGGAAAAACUUCAGUCUAAGGUCAAUCCUAGUUACACAGGAGAGAGUUCCUACAGUAAAGAGUCUCUAUAAGUGGGAUAUGUAUGGAAAGAGCUUCAAAAAUGAUUUGUACCUAAUUAAGUCCCCAAGAAUCUAUGCAGGGAAGAAGCCUUUUAAAUAUACUGAAUAUGGGAAAACCUUCAGCCAGAUUUCACAAUUUAAUCUUCAUCAGAAAAUUCAUUCAGAAGAGAUACCCUAUAAAUGUAAUGAAUGUGGGAAAGCCUUUUCCAUCAGAUCACAUCUUACUCAACAUCAGAGAAUUCAUUCUGGAGAGAAACCCUAUAAGUGUAAUGAAUCUGGGAAAGCUUUUACUCAGAAGACACACCUUAAUAAACAUAAACAUACUCAUAUUGGAGAAAAGCCAUUUAAAUGUACUGAAUGUGGAAAAGUAUUCAGUCUAAUUUCACAACAUAAUCUUCAUCAGAGAAUUCAUUCUGAAGAGGAUCCCUAUAAAUGCAGUGAAUGUGGUAAAGCCUUCACUGUCAGAUCACGGCUUGCUGAACAUCAAAGAAUUCAUGCUGGUGAAAAACCUUAUAAAUGUAACGAGUGUGGGAAAGCUUUUACCAAGCGGGCAAACCUUACUCAACACCAGCAUAUUCAUGUUGGGGAGAAACCAUUUAAGUGUAAUGAAUGUACAAAAGCCUUUAGCUGUAUUUCACAAUUUAAUCUUCAUCAAAGAAUUCAUUCUGGAGAGAAGCCAUAUAAAUGUAGUGAAUGUGGGAAAGCCUUCACCAAGAGGGCAAAUCUUAAUCAACAUCAGAAAAUUCAUUCUGGAGAGAAACCCUUUAUAUGUAGUGAAUGUGGGAAAGCCUUCACCGUCAGGUCUCACCUUACUCAGCAUCAUAGAAUUCACUCUGGAUAGAAAUCCUGUAAAAGUAAUCCAUUUGGGAAAGCCUUUCCCACCAGGUCAUGGCUUAUGUAACAUCAAAGAAUUCCUAUUAUAGACUAACAUUAUUAAAAAUGCAGAUGAUCAGAAAGGUCUCUGU